AUGGCCGAACCUACGCCCACUAAAAGCGUCUCGUCUUUACAAACUACCCUCCCCCGCAUCGCUAUCAAAUUCUGCACUCAGUGUCGGUGGAUGCUCCGCGCCGCAUACUUCGCCCAAGAACUCCUCUCAACAUUCGGGACAGACCUCGGCGAAGUCGCCCUCGUACCGGUUACCGGGGGCGUAUUCACAGUUACGAUUUGGCAUUCGAUAAACGAGAGUCAGACGGAGGAGACGAUCUUGUGGGAUCGGAAAAGGGAUGGGGGGUUUCCUGAAGUUAAGGCGUUGAAAUCGCUGGUGCGGAAUGUUAUUGCUCCUGAUAGGGAUUUGGGACAUACCGAUCGGGCGUUGAAGAAGGAAAAGGCGCAGGCGGAGAAGAUAGAGACAGUCGAGACUGUGAAGGGGGAUGAGGAGAAGAAGGGCUGUGAAGAUUGUCAGUAG